AUGACAAUUCGUGAACCAUACAUAAAAAAUAAAAAUACGGACAAAGACAAAAGUGAAAAGAACGACAAAAGUGAAAACAAAGACAAAAUCGAAAACAGGGGUAAAAUCGAAAAGAAAGAAAAAAGCGAAAGCAAAGAUAAAGAUAACGACAAAAUUAUGCCAAUCCAAAAUUAUGACGAAAAUUAUUCACAACAAAUAUCAACGUCUACACGUUACUUAGAUUUUAGUAGAAUUUAG